AUGAAAUUCGAAAAACAUCUCCAAACCGAAAUUGCUCCAGAAUGGAGGGUAAAAUAUAUAGAUUAUAAAGCCUUGAAAAGGAGUCUCAAGACCGUAUAUAAUGCAAAAAUUGCGAGAGAAAAAGAAGAAAAAGAGUUGAUGCAAAGUAAAUUUAACACCGCAGGCAGUAGCGUGUUUGUAGAAGUUCCUCCGCAAUCAUAUCGAAAUUAUAAAUUUGGAAAUUAUAAUGAAAAUGAAAUUGACGUUAAGAAAUUUCCGAAAAAUAAAGAGAAAUUAUUUCCAGCGAAUCACGAGAGGGGAUUUUCUGCAAAUAAUGACAAAAGCAAAAGAAACUCUAUUCAAUCAAGAACUUUCACUAUGAAUAGUUUAUCCGAUAGUGUACAUGAUUUCUUUCAUAAAGUUUCUUCUGCUUUAGUUACGGCACAAAAAAGUAAUUCUCAUCAGCUUUCGACUCCAACUCAUAUAUCAUCUUUGGAAACGUUAAUGUUCGAGGUUGAACCUGAAGAAAGGUUGUUUUUUAAAGCCGUGGAUCAAGAAUUGGAAAAGGUUGAUCACUUUUAUGAAACAAAGGAAAAGGACAUGUUAAAACACUUUGACUUAUUGGUACAACAAUAUGAAAUAUUAAAAAGCAAGAAACAAAAAAACGUUCAUGCAGAUGCCUGGAAAGCAUCGAAAAGUAUCGUCAAACAAAGCAUCGAUUAUUUCGGUCCAGAAAUAAUUUCAAGAAGAGGUUCAACAGUGGAGGAGCAAUUCGAUUAUCGAACUGCAAAGAAAAGGAUAAAGAAUGCAAUAACUGAACGAAAUGGAUCCAAAAUAUAUAUGCCAAAAGUGGAAAGUUUUCGUUUCGUUAAGUCUAACGUUACAAGCAAGCUUCUUAAAGAUGUCGAAGAUUUUUAUGUGAAACACUUUGAAGAUGGCACAAAUGCUCAAGCAAUUAGAAAGUUGCGAAUACCAAAUAACAAACAUCUGACAUAUUAUUCGUCCGUAUUACGUGUCGGUCUAUGCUUAGGCUUGUCGAUACCUUGUUUGAUCUAUUCGCUGGUUAAAGCACAGAAUAAACAUUCUUUUGACAAAUCUGAUAGUGAUAUGGAAGAUGAUGAAUUCGUGUCCAAGAUAGAUCUAGAACUUUACGCUGCAAUUGCUAUACCAUUAAUACUCCUACUCUUAAUAGGUGUUAAUAUGUAUGCAUGGAUACGAUUUCGUAUAAAUUAUAAAUUUAUCUUCGAAUUGAAUCCAAGAAAUAAUUUGGAUUACCGUCAAUACCUUGAGCUUCCAUCUAUAGCUUUUUUGAGCGUGAGUUUUAUCAUGUUCCUUGGUUACACUAUACAUCAUGAAUUCCGGUAUCCUAUAAUCGUGCUCGGUUGUGUUUGCGCUAUAAUUUUUAAUCCCUUUCGCAUAUUUUAUUACAAUGCCCGGCGAUGGUUUAUAAUUUCAAUGGUACGUUUAUUAGGAAGUGGAAUACUGCGUGUAGAAUUCAGGGAUUUCUUUAUUGCUGAUGAAUUAAAUAGUUUAGCUUAUUCAAUUAUCAUGUUACAACUUUUUGGAUGUCGCAAUAGCAAAUACAAACCCAUUAACACCAGUCCUUGGUUCACUUCCCGCGUUAUUCCGUUUUCUUCAAAGUUGGAAGCGUUAUAG